ACAUAAAAUUAAAUCAAUUUAAAAAGUAAACAGUAAAUAUUACCUUCCCAACAGAGCUUCACAUCCAAAACGAAUAUUAGAAGCUCAAGAACGCAAGCUUUUUUCUCUGCUCCACAAAUUUUCGAUGUUCUUCAAAGAUCACAUUUUAUCUCAUCCCAGAUAAGUUUUUUUAGCUCCAUUCAUUUCCUUUGAUGUUUCUCAAAUUUCCCAUUAACUCAUUUAGAUUAAUAUCGAUUUUCAAGAGAGAUUUUGACUGGUAGUUGCGUACGAAUCAUCAUCUCUCCCUUUCGAAUUUUUUUCCCCUUUUCUUGUCAUAUUUCAAUCUCACAAGCAACAAUAGUGCAUUUUUUGAUAGAAAAAAGCAAGUUGGGAUUUUUAGUUUUGGUUUACGACUUUACGUACAAGUUUGGUUUAAGCUAUUAGAAUCUUAACUUUCACACAGUGAGGGUGUUCUGCGUGAAAUAAUCUUGUAGGUUUGAAGAUAUAUAAUUCAAGGAAAGGGAGUCGUUUUGGUUUGUUGUGAGUUUAUGUGUGAAAAUUUCUUGUGGGUUUGGAGAUACGUAAUUGCUAUCUUGAAAAAGCUAAAGGAUUUCAAGAAAUAAUCUUUUUCAGUUCUUGAAGUUUCUCACACACAGUGAAGGUGUUUCUGUGUGAGAUUUCAUUGUGAAUUUGGAGAUACGUUAAUCUAAGGUAGAUGGGUCUUUUGGGUUUGUUUCAAGUCGAUAAUUUGAUGUUUAGGAUUUGAAUUAAAAUCUAUAACAUUACUUUGUCUUGAUUCUUGAAAACCCCCACGAUUUUCAAGAAACUUCAUCUUUUUGGUUGUUUAUGUCUUGAGCUAGUUUUGUCAUUAGUUCAACAAUGGGUAAAAAGUCAGGAAAAAAUAAAUACGAUAAUGACACCAUCAUUUUCAUUUCCAUGGCACAAGAACACAAAGAAGAGGGAAACAAAUUAUUUCAAAAGAAAGAUUACGAAGGUGCCAUAUCAAUUUACCAAAAAGCCCUCAAAUUGCUUCCCAAAAACCACAUAACAGUCUCUUAUCUCCAAACCAACAUUGCAUCAUGCUACAUGCAAAUGGGUAUCACCGAAUUCCCAAGGGCUAUUCAUGAGUGUAAUUUAGCCCUUGAAGUUACACCGAAAUAUAGUAAAGCACUUUUGAAACGAGCUAGGUGUUAUGAAGCUUUAGAUAGACUCGAUUUGGCUUUAAAAGAUGUUAAUCUUGUGUUAAAUAUGGAACCAAAAAACAUCAUGGCAAUUGAGAUUGCCCAUAGAGUGAAAUCACUUAUAGAGCCAAAAAAUCUCAUUGUCAAUGAAGAAGAAAAAAGUGAAAAACUUGAGCAUAUGGAUAAAAAAGUGGACAAGAUUGAAGUGAAAGAAACCAAAGAUAAGUUGGUUGUUGUGGAUGAAAAAGAUUCAAAAAAUCUCAUGGUGAGUGAAGAAAAAAGUGAAAAACUUGAGCAUAUGGAUGAAAAAGAAGACAAGAUUGAAGAGAAAGAAACCAAAGAUAAGUUGGUUGUUGUGGAUGAAAAAGAUUCAAAAACUCUCAUGGUGAGUGAAGAAAAAAGUGAAAAACUUGAGCAUAUGGAUGAAAAAGAAGUGAGUGAAGAAAAAAGUGAAAUGCUUGAGCAAAUGGAUGAAAACGAAGACAAGAUUGAGGAGAAAGAAACCGAAGAUAAGUUGGUUGUGGAUGAAAAAAUAAGCAAAUUUAGCGAAGAAAAUAACAAGCCAAAAAGGAGUAUAAAAUUGGUCUAUGGAGACGAUAUAAGAUGGGCAAAAAUUCCAAUUAAUUGCGAUGUUUUGGAAUUAAGAGAAAUUAUAUUCGUAAGAUUUCCACUUUCACGAGCUGUUUUAAUAAAAUAUCAAGAUCAAGAGGGCGAUAUGGUCACAAUAACCACAAACGAAGAAUUAAGAUGGGCGGAAUCACUUUCGGAUCAAACUUCGGUCAAACUUCACAUCAUAGAAGUCAACCCCGAGCAAGAUCCAUUUUUCGACCAUUUUAGAAGACAAGAAAAGAAGAAAAAGCUUUUAAAUUCAAAAUCUUGUAUCGAUGAUUGGAUUCUAGAAUUUUCAGAGGUUUUCAAGAACUAUGUCGGGUUUAAUUCAGAUUCGUAUUUGGAUCUUCAUGAAAUUGGUAUGAAGUUGUACAUGGAGGCUAUGGAGGAUGCGUUAACAAGUGAAGAAUCGCAAGAACUUUUUAAUAAAGCAGCCGAUAAGUUUCAAGAAAUGGCAGCUUUGGCUUUGUUUAAUUGUGGAAAUGUGCAUAUGUCAAAAGCGAGAAAAAGGGUUUUUGAAGAAUCAAAAAAAGAUUUAUACGAAUGGGCACAAAAUGAGUAUUCAAAAGCUGGUGAGAUGUAUGAAAAGGCAAUCAAAGUGAAGCCUGAUUUUUACGAAGGUUUUUUGGCUUUAGGACAUGAGGAAUUUGAGAAGGCGAAAAUACGUUGGUAUUAUGAGAUUGAGAAAAAUGAUGAUAUUCAAAAGUGGGAUUCGAAUGAGGUUAUUGAACUUUAUAAUAAAGCGGAAGAAAAUAUGGAAAAGGGUAUGGGAAUGUGGGAGGAAGGUGAUAAAAAAGAAGGUGGAAAUAUGAGGUCUUUGAUAAAUGUUUUGUGGGGUACUAUGCUUUAUGAAAGAUCAAGUAUGGAAUAUAAAUUAGGGCUUGAUUUUUGGCAUGAAUGUUUGGAGAUUGCUGUUGAAAAAUUUGAAGUUGCGGGUGUUUCUCAUACGGAUAUUGCUGUGAUGAUAAAGAAUCAUUGUUCUAAUGUUGAUGCACCACAAGGUUUAGGUUUUGAUAUUGAUGAGAUAGUACAAGCAUGGCAUGAAAUGUAUGAAGUGAAAAGAUGGCAAAGUGGUGUUCCUUCUUUUAGAUUAGAACCAUUGCUUCGAAGACGAGUUUCUAAGUUGUUUUACGCCUUUGAACAUGCACAAUGAGUGCCAUUUCAAGAUCCGGUUAUUACAUGCAAAAGGAAAACGGGUGCUUCUUGUUCCAUGUCCAACUACUUGGGUACUAUUGCAUUGCAGGUGAGUUGUAAGUAUCACGACAAAACAUAGUAGAUAACACGGAGGGGUAGUUACGUAAAUUGGUGAAAAAUACUUUAAUUUUUUAAAGUAUUUGUUUUUAAGGUCAUAUAGAGUUAUUUUUGUUGUUUUGGCUUGCAAGUUUUAUUCAGUUGGUGUAUACUCUUUAAUUAUGUAACCAAUGUUGAUUUAGUAGAAAGUGAUUUUGGCUUUUGCACACAAUGCCUUCACUUAUACUUUGUUUGUUACUAUUUACUAUUAUCAAUAAAGAAAUACGUUGCUUGUUA